CUUUCGCAUGUCGCCGCUGCCCGUCUCGCAUGAAGUCGUUCUUUGUCUACACAUCCACGAUGUGUUUGUUAAUCGUGACGGCUACUGCGAGCGUGUAUUGUAUAUCGUUUAGCACAGCAGCAUUGCGUGAGACUCGCUCACUCACCAGAUGUGAAGAUGCUCGAUGUUUGCGUGGCGGAUCAUUCGGCUAGCGUGAUCGCGACUUCCCUGACCAACAUCUGCAUCACUCUUCACCGCACUUCCAGCAAUGUCAGCAGACCUUUUCGCAGAGUUCAGCACAACCCCGAGUACGAAUCAAGCGCCACAGUCAAAUGCUUCUACUAAGCCGCAGUCUGCCUCGGUUUUCAGCUUCUUAGAUGACUUGAACAGCCAGCAGCCUGACCCGGUUCAUCGAGCACAGCCACCCGCUUUUGCACAAGGUUCUGGGCAGGCCCAUAGAUCUCGACCACAGACCGCACCAGAAGACGACAAUGAUGACUGGGGCGAUUUCGAGGGAGGCUCGAGUCGCAUAGAUCCCGCUCCCUCUACACAACAUGAUCCUUUCGGGUUUGUGCCCACACAGCAACACCAGCCUCAGCAGCAGUCAUGGAGUCAGCCGGUAACUCAUGAUCCGUUCGGUUUUCAGUCGACGUACUCGCCGCAAGUGCCGCAGGAGGCAUGGACCAAAGCUCCUUUCAUGAAAGCCAAGAAACCCACGGAUUCGAGCGUGCUUUUCGACGCAGAAGAAGAUCUAGAUGAUGAUGACGACUUUGGCGACUUUGAGGAUUCGCAGUCGAAAUCUGGCACACCAGCACCAUCAGCGCCUCAAGCACCGCUGGCACCGCUGGCACCAGUAGGGGGCUCCUCGGCAUGGGUAGACUUGCUUGGAGACAUAGAUUCUUUCCAGCCCGCGAGCGUGACGUCUAGUCAAAAGAGCAAAGACAUUGGAAGACCAGAAUCUGUGCCGAGGGCCAGGGCCAGAAAGAGUACCAUUGGAGGCUUUGGUACAGCUACCAAAACAAAGCAACCAAAGCCAGCGCCUGUGCCCGCGGCAGCACCGCAAGUUGCAGACGAUAGCUGGGACACUUUCGAUGACUGGGAGGCUUCGGUACCGGCUCCAGCCACCAAGAAGCCAGAAGGCACGAAAGGCGCACCGACAUCAACAAUCUCAACACCUGCACCAAUCUUAUCCUCUGCGAUCGAUGAGUUAUCUCCCGGUGAACAGCCGCCCACCAAUGUUCCGCCACCUGGUGUGCUACUUUCGUUGUUUCCGUCAUUCUUUGCAGACGCACAGGAGAAGCUGUUCAAACCCAUGGCUGCACAAACGCUACCGAUGAGAAACAAACUUCUUGCUGAACCCGGUACUAUUGCGUACCUUCAUGGCUAUCUUGUGCUGGCGUCCGUAGCCGCACACAUAAUCGCAGGGAGAAAGCUGCGCUGGAAGCGGGAUCAACUUCUGUCUCAAGGGAUGAGGAUCGGACCAGCGUCCUCUCGAGCGACGUCUGGCAUGAAGCUCACAGGCAUCGACAAAGGCGAAAACCGCAAAGAGGAAAGGGAGGCCUCUGACGUUGUGAGAGCAUGGAAAGAUCAAGUUGGGAGGUUACGACACGUGAUAUCUGGUGUCAAUCAGAUCAAGGCGGGCACUCUGGGUCCUGCACCUGACCUGCAGGAAACGAUGCCGGUCAGGACUCUAAAACAAUCAGAAGGCGGUGUACCUGCGCGACAGCAGUGUAUGCUGUGUGGUCUGAAGAGAGACGAAAGAGUCACUGCAGUGGACAUGACAGUUGAGGACAGCUUCGGCGAGUGGUGGAUUGAGCAAGUGAACAUGCAUCGAGGUACGUCUCCUGAUCUUCAAGACAACACGACUGACUGCUUUCAAGGGUGCAGAAACUUUUGGAAUGAGCACAAGGACAAGCUGCGCCAAAGAUGACAUACUAGACUAUGCAUGAGCACAUCAUGCCAGCAUUUACGGAGUUCAGCACGUGUGAGUGUCAGGGUAGCAUCGGCAACAGGAGCUUGACCAAUAACAAUAUUCUGGGUCGCGAAAUGAACGCGCUCGUCCAAGUAUGGAAGACCCUGUAUCGCAGUCGCACAGUCCACUUUGAC